AUUUCAGUCAAUAUUGAAUAAUAACGCCACUGAAAGUCCAAAGCCAUGAAUUCAUAAUUUAUACAUGUGAUCUAGGAAUUUAGCAUUUAUUUUAUACAUGGAAAUGUAUUGACAUGUGAACUUAUUCACAUAUUGGUGUUAUUUUUUAAACUGAAUCAGCACUUCAACAAAAAGCAGGGGAAGUCUCUCACUCAAGUUCUUGACAAGAUUAAGUCAGAGUUGAUGUUGUUGGGUUUCAUUUCUUUAUUCUUGACUACUAGCCGAAAACCGAUUGCAAAGAUCUGUAUUCCAACUAGUAUUGGCGAAUCUUUUCUUCCAUACAAAACCAUGACUAGCGAUGGAGUGGAGGAAUCCAAAUGUGAAGAGCAGGGAAAGCUUUCAUUGAUGUCUAGAACAGGAAUGCAACAACUCCAGAUGUUGAUCUUUGUGUUGGCCUUCUUCCAUGUUUUCUCUUCAUUCCUUACACCAAUGAAAUCAAUUGGGUCGAAAUGUGAAGAGCCUCAAGGACCGUCUCCACUGCGCAAAGAGUUGAGAUGUAAAUCAAGAAAACCCAAGUCCAACACAAAGCGAAAGUUGCUGGUAACUGAAGAAGACAGUAAUGUCUUUAGGCAUUCUAAUGGGGUUGAGUGUUUAUUAUGGACAAAUCGUAAAGCUUUUAGAAGAGUUGCUAGAAAUCGGUCGCAGCUUGAGAACCUGUCUCCAUUUUUUUAUAUUAAAAAAUAAUUACCAAAUAGAUAUCAAUCAUUUUAUCAAUUCAAUUGAUUCUCAACACAUUUUCAUGUUUUCUCCCUUUAAGUUGGCUACUCUUUCACUCUCUCCUUUUAAGUUCUUUACAAUUUUGCAGCUAGACAUAUAGAGAUUGCAUUUUUGUAUUGAUGGGCAUGCCUUGGCAAACAUCAUAAUUUCAGGAAAGGGGCAAAUAAAUGUUGUUAUAUCGGUUGGGGUUAAUCUAAUUUUAGAACAAGCAAUUUUCAGAGAAAAAAGGGUUAAUUUUUGUGAGUCUUUCUCCCCAUAUUUGUGUUGAUUUAAGUUAUUUUAGCUAUAUGCUUUAUCAUAGUGGUGGGUGAGAUUUGAUGCCUAUUUUUUAAAUCUGUUGAAUAUAUCAAUUUUAUAGGUAAAGAUGUUAUAUCCAUCACCCCAG